AUGUCUCUUCGUUAUGUGGAAGAUCUUGCCCUUCUUUCACAAAACAAGCCAACAGGCUUAGAAGGAGUCGAGAGUUUGUUGCGAUUUUCAAAAGAUGCUACACCCGAAGUUAUAAAUAUAUUGAAGAAUGAAUGCGACAUAAUACUUGAGUGCAGAUAUUGUAAAAAUCUUUUCCGAAGCGUUCCCAAUUUCUUAACCCAUAAGAGGACUUAUUGUCGUGGUUUACAUCAAGCGGCUGUUGCUCAUGCGCAGAACCUGCGUAAAGCGUUGGAGGACGAAGCCGACAAAAUUGAAAAAGAACAAUCAAAGAAAAAUGAUAAAUCAACAGGGAAUCUUAAAAGAACCAACAUCAUCGGAGCCCUGAAUAAGAGAGCCUGUGAUGUCGAGGUUAAGGUGCCAGGAGUUGAUAGUCAGCUCAUAUUGCAUACCUUACCGCGAAUUUCGAAAGAAGUUCCUAUUACUAUUUUUGAGAACGGGGUGCAAAAGGUUGUUGAGAUGCCCCUUAAUAUGCCACAGAAAGAAAUUAUUCCCGAAGAUAAAAUAGUAGUGGUCAUGCCCCAAGACCAUUCUAGCAAAUAUCGCGAGAUGCAACUACGUAACAGAAGAGACCCUCAGAGCAAACAAGAAACAACUCGGGAGUUCUCAUCAGCUGAGAUUGCCAUAUUAGAGAAGUGCCAAAAUUAUUAUCCACAGUGGCCCGAUGCAGCGGGACUUCGAUGCUCACAUCCUGAUUGUACAAACGUCCGCAGUUUCGGCUCCAUCCAGACACUAGUUUAUCACAUUGCGGUGAAGCAUGGCUCUCGAUGCACUAGUGACGAUCGCUACCCCUGUUUAAUUUGUAAAUUCACAUUAAAAACGUGGAACGGCUAUGUGACCCAUCUGUUCAAAAUACACAAAACAAUAAGGGAAGAACAUGAACAGUUUCGUAAUAAAGAAUCUUCCGAAGUAGACAAGAAGAAAAUAAGGAAGAACGUCUUGAGAAAUAGAAGCAUGAGCCCUCCUCCUAAUCCAGACGAGGGUAAAAUGGAAACGAAAGACGAGGAUACCGAAGACUCAUGUCCACCUGUAAUCCAUCCAGUUAGCAGCUCAUUGACUGAAGAACCAACGAAUGAUACCGACGAUGAGCCACCUCAGCUUACAAGAAUGGCUAGAACUCGACGUGAGAUAAAAGUUCCAAAAAAGUUUCGUUCCAUUAGCCCGCUAGCCGCUAGUCGAGGAACUCCAAAUAAGAGUCCCUCUUCGAGACCACCUUCAGUUCUAUCUUACGAGAGAAGUGCCAGCCCAUGUAGUUCAGAUGGCAAUAAUAAUUCUGAAAUGGAUAAUUCUGUGGAGAAAACAAUGAUGGACAUUCCUGUUAUGUCAAAUGAGAUCACCAGUGCCAGUUUAACAGGCAACAGAUCUCCAGAUUCUUCUGAAGGAUCGAGCACCAGCAGAAUUGAUGAAGAGAUUGAGACUAUUCCCGAUGAAACCUGCGACGGUUUGGGCAGAGAUGAAGAAAUGACGGAGUUGCAAACACUGUCAACGGAAUGUGGUGAUUUACAAGAUGAGAUGAUGGACACUAUAAUAAAGAUGGAGGAGCCAAAUGUAGACAACGAUGAUGAAGGGUUUUGCACUUCCGAAAAUGUAUCGCAGUUAGGACAGAGCAGCAAUCAGACUCCACAAGACUUCACUAAUUCUGAAACAUCACCGACCGGGCACGAUGGUACAAUGCGAAGAGGAUCUUCAGUCAAAUCGGAAGAUUGUGAUGUAAAAGUGGAGACAUCAGAGUCUCCUGUGGCUAAUCAAACAUCUUACAAGUUCAAAAGCGGUUCAGAAUGCUCAAGGGGGAAGGCUAUGUCUUCGACACCUGAAUCUUAUGCUGGUUCGGCUGAAAAGCUUAAGCGUCCGGAGUCUGAAGCGAGCAUGAGAACUGCGUUAUCGGAUCUCUCCACAUCGGAAAAACAGAAUAUUGACGAUUCUGAUUCCGACACCGUUUUCAAUUUCAACGAAAAGAAAAGGAGAGGAAGAAAAUCGAAAAAUGACAGAAGUAGAGAAGAGGAUGAUCGGGAGAGUCCCAUAGUAAGACCUUCACGUAAUCGUAGACGUCCUGAAUGGAUGGAUAUCUUUGUUGUUGAAGAUGAAUCCGAGAAGAGAUCUAACAGUAGAAAAAGAAAAGAUGAAUCUUCUAAGACGCCGGAAAUCCCCCCUGAUGAUCUCAAAAUAAAGCUCAAGGUUCCUGAUUUUCUCAAACGAAAAAACGAAGCUCCGUUAAUGGAGUCCGCUUUGUCCGAGGAUAAAAUGAAAAUAAGUAUCAGAGUGGCUAGCCCACUUAGGAAAAAACCGCAUAACAUGAAAGAAUCGUCUUCUCCUAUCAACGGGGAAAGUAGUAGCUCGCAGGCAGAGCUUUACGCAAACCUAACUCAUCAAAAUUAUUUGACCCCCAAACGGCGUUCCAUCGACAGAGAAAGUAUGAAUAGCACAGAAGCAGUAUCUAGUCCUGGUAGUCGGCGGAAGCAAUGUCUUGCUGCUAUGGGUAGUGACCCCGAUGAUGUUAUUAGAAUUAUUUCCGAUAAUGGAAGAGCUCAAACCCCUACCGGUGAUUUAUCAAGUGUUCCUGUCUUUUUAUCGCAAGCUCAAAAAGAGUUAUUUUUCAAUGCCCUUCGUCCUCGUGGAAAUCCUGAUAGACAAGUCAACGCUUCAUCACGCUCAUCUGAUGCCGCUGGUCCUUAUGAAUGUGAACACUGUGGUCAUCAAGUUCCCAAUCUGAAAGAGGGACGGCGACACAUGGUUGGGCAUAUCAGAGUUAUGAGACUAAAAUGCACUCUAUGCGGAGCAGGAUCGUUCUUUUGUACAGAUAUGAGAUCCCAUUUAAUGGAUAGAUGUUGUCCCAUGCUUAGUAGAGCCCCACCCUACAUGUUACUACCUGGAGUACCCUGCAUGAUUCGUGAAAAUGCUGAUAAAUUAACAGAAGUUGUAGAUAAAGCCCAUCCUGGUCGUGUGAUGUAUACAAGUGGAAAAAUCAUAUCUCAGACAAAUCGUGUUCCGUAUUAUCCUGAUCCGAAAAUAGAAGAAGCCAUUUUGGGUCGUUAUGUCCCUUCACCAGUCUCUUCUCCUGGGAAACCUGAAGCUAAUGCAUUCGAAGACUAA